AUGGAAGAUUUGCCAUCAAAACCAAUUGGAAAAGAAUCAAGAAUCAUAAAUCCAAUAUUUCCCGAAUCAAAAAGAAAACAAAGAAUUGGUGAUCAAGAAAAAGAAAAAGAAAAAAAAGAUUCAUCAUCAAAUAAAUGUUCAUCUUUAUCAAUGCAUGACUCAACAGUUUUUGCAUUAUGUCUAUCAACAGCCCUUUUGGCUGCUGCCGAAUCAAAAAGAAGACAAAGAAUUGGUGAUCAAGAAAAAGAAAAAGAAAAAAAAGAUUCAUCAUCAAAUAAAUGUUCAUCUUUAUCAAUGCAUGACUCAACAGUUUUUGCAUUAUGUCUAUCAACAGCCCUUUUGGCUGCUGGUUGA